AUGGGGAAGGGGAAACGAAAGCUUCCGAUGGAAUUGAUAGGGAAGAAAGAGAAUAGGAUGGUGAGUUUCUCAAAGAGGCGUAAGGGUUUGAUCAAGAAAGCCGAAGAAUUCCACUCCCUCACCGGCUCCUCCAUCGCUCUCAUUGUCAUCUCUGAGGCUGGUCGACCCUCCGUCUAUGGCGCUCCCUCUUUCGAUUCUGUUCUCCAUCGCUUUCAAUUGCAACACAACAACAACAACAACAACAACAACAAUGAUGGAGGAAUAUUAUCAUCAGCCCACUCCAACUCCCACACCACCCCCACUCCUGAAACCCUCUUCAUCGGGGGUUCCAAUCAAGAAGAUGAAGAUCUGGUGGUUGUGGCGGAUCAGCAACCAUGGCCUCCGGAGACUUUGGAUUUGCCACAUGAUCACCACAGGCACAGCUUUGACGCUCCUCCUUCUGAACUACUACUCAUCCCUCAGGGUGGUGGUUCCACCACCGCUCCAUCACUACCUAUGGCAGAAGAUGACAACUGCUUAUUUGACAUUGACACUCUUCUCCUUCUUCUUGAUGGUAAAGCUGAAGAUAACGCCGCCGUUAAUGGGACCGACCCUUAUCACACCCCUGAUGACUAUGAGAAUGCGGUGGUUGUGGCUGAUCAAGAACCAUCGCCUACGGCUUUUGCUUUGCCACAUGAUCACUACAGCUUUUACGCUUCUCCUCCUGAUCAAGUGGUCCAUCGGGGUUCCAAAGAAAACAACGCCGCCUUUCCUGUUUUCUAA